UUUACCAAACUUAUUUUUCUUAUUGCGCAUGGCGCCUCAAUUCAUAAGGUAUGGUGUCGGUUUAGUAUCAAGCGGUGUGACGACAUAAUUUACACGUGAACAGGUACAAAUGGCACAAUUUACAUACACCGAGUCAGAUUUCAAUGAGAAUACAUGCAACUGGCAACAGACAGAAUGCCAGCAGAGCAAGUUUGAUGAAACCCUGCAAAGUGGCUGGGAUAAAGCUGUGGAGGAUGGUCACUUUAGGUACAAACUGGACAUUGAAGAAACAAGAGUGAUUGGUAGCAAGAAAUACAUAGCCCAGUUAAAUGUAAAGCGAGCUCAGGAGAGAAGGAAACCAGACGUGAUUGAGUCAGUGAAUCAACCAUUUAAUCCAGCAUCUUUUAAUUUCUUAAAAAUCAAGCCCCCAGAAAUCCUUCUAGAACUUGUAAAGGAAGAUGAUUCAAGGCCGAACAAUCAGAUUAACCAGGCACAGCAAAAUGGUACUGAUAAACAAGCAGUUAAGAAGAGAAAUUUGGUAGUUAUAAAUGUAAGCCCCCUGGAGUAUGGACAUGUUCUGCUGGUUCCCGACAUAGAUGCUUGUCAGCCACAGGUGUUAACAGAAUCUUCAAUGAGGGUAUCCUUAGAGAUGAUGCUUUUGAGUAAACACAGAGGAUUUAGAAUAGGUUUCAACAGUUUAUGUGCAUUUGCCUCAGUAAAUCAUGCUCAUCUACAUGCAUAUUACCUAGAUAGGGAACUUUUUGUAGAAUCUGUACCUGUAAAGCAUAUAUGUGGAGAUUUAUAUGAACUAGAUGCUAUGCCAGCUAAAGGAUUUGCUUUUCAGCUACAUAAGACUGGAGUAGACAAAUUAUCAAAGAUUAUAUUCCAUAUAGCAGAUUACUUCCAGAAACAUGAAGUAGCACAUAAUAUGUACAUGAUUCGAGGCCCGGUUUUUAACGAGGAUCAACACAGUACUAAUAGAACUAUACGAGUUUAUUUGUGGCCAAGGAAGAAGUUUAUAGGUAGCAUGUGGUUGAAAGAUGAAGAAGCUUUCAAUGUAGCACUAGUGGAGCUGGCAGGACAUUUACCUGUCAAAGUUAAAGAAAUGUUUUACGACUUGGAUGAAGAAAAGAUAGAGUCGACUAUACGAGAUGCAGCUCUAGAAGACAGAGAAUAUAACAGUAUCAAACAGGAUGUUUCCAACAUAUGUCAGUCAUUUAUAAGUUGAUGACGACCUCUAUUGCUAGAAAAUGCCGGUCAUUGUGAUACUGGAUAGACCAUUAUAAGAUCUGUAUUUUAUCUUCACACAAUUAUAUUGCAUUGUAUAGUAUGAAUUAUUCAUUGAACUAAACUAAAAUGUUACACAGUUGUGAAAUUUUUUGUGAUAGAAGUAGAUGGGAUGUGGAACUUGUAUGGAAUUGAAGUUUUCUGAUGUGAUAAUGUCCGCAGGUGCAAUUUUGUUUUACUUUUUUAAGAAAAUGAAUGAUACAAUUUUUACAGAAAUUAAUUACACUCAUAAUGGAAUAUAUAAAUUAUUGUGCAAUUUAUCAUAUAUCUCGCUGCUGAAUAGGUUUUCUUCGCUCUUUUAAAAGAAAGAGAAAAGAGAUGUGCUUUUUUUUUAUAUUAGAAUCUUAGAGAGCUGAGAUACUGCCUCUGAAAAAAGGAGAAUCACUGAAAGUGAUUACAGCAUGAAUGUAAAUCUUAUAUAACUGUAUUUAUUUACUUGAUUUCCUUGAAACAUCUUAUUUAUAUGUAUCAUGUUUUGCUCUCUUCCAUUAUUACUUAAAGAAUCUCAGAAUACUUUAAUCCUCAAGUGUUAGUACAUUUGAUGAAUUUAAAUUUACACAACAUUCUGGUACAGUAGAACAAUAUACAGUCAUAUAUUUCUCAGUAGAAUGUUGUUAAAUAUAUUUACUUUGAUUCACUCUCACUAUCAAAUUUAUUGGCUAGAAUGGAACUAAAUUUCAAUUUUUAGAGUGUUUUUGUUUAUUUUUAUCAUUUAUUCAAUGUAUUUAAAGAUACAAUGCAUGAUUUUGUUAUAACGUAAACCAAAUGCCUCAAUAGCAUACAGAUUUGCCAUUUGAUAGCUAAUGAUGGCAGUACUUGUUGUGCAGUUUCAUGAUAAACUUGAAUUUUUAUUUUUAUUUGAGAAAGAGGAACAGUAUAAUAAUUAUGUUAAAACAGUUACUUAUCAAUAACAUGUAUGUCAAGAAAAUGUUGAUACAAUUAUCAUUUUUUACUCAGGGAGUAAAAUUAUUUUAAAGGGUGUUUAAAGUGUAUAAAGCUAUAUCUAAUUAAAUUUUAUCAUAAAAUGUGAAAAAACAGUUAAAUAAUGUUGUUUCCAAAAUCUUAUGGUUAGUUAUCGAAAGAGCUGUAACAUAUAAUGUUUCUGUUAAUUUUACACUCCUGAAUACUGUAUGUAAACAGAAUAAAAUGUUCUGGAACAUAAUAUUAUCCUGCUAUUUUAAUGAGGGUUUUCACUGUUUAUUAAUGAUUAUAUACAUGUGCCAUUUGCUCAAUAGAAAAUAUACCAACAUAUGUUUUUCAUACAGGUAUUAUGAAACUAACCUGUUACCAAAAUCCUGUAAACUGAAGACAGCACAGAUAUAGCUUUAUACACUUAAAAUUUGUCAUAGUUUCUGGUAAAAAUGCCAUAUUUAUUAUUUUGUAUUUAGAUGUACUUCGUGUUAUUUAUUAUGAUAGUGGGUUCAAUCUUGUUUCAUACACUGC